CACUUCACCGAAUCCGAUCUCACUUUAGUUUCAAUUUCGUAGUCGUUUCGUAAAGAAGUCAAUUUCUUUUGUGUGUUGGGUCCCUCACAGCCGGUACGUGUGCGUUUCUAUACGAUUUUUUUCCAUCAAGAUGAAAAUUAUGUGAUAUUACCAACAAACCGGGCGUGUAUCUACUUGAAAAAAAUAUUACUUGUUUUUUUUGCUUCUGUUUUCCAUUUCUCUUCUUCACCCAAAAAAAUCCAACUGGAGAAGUAUCUUUUCGAAAAAGAUAUAAUUUUAUAUGAAAAAAAGUAUCUGAUGGAUAACGAUAAGAGGGAAUAUGGUGGUGGUACAAAAUAGUACCUAGUAGUGCAUUAUAUUGGUCUGAUUGAUAUCUUGAAUGAAUUAAAAAAAAAAAAAAUCUAUCUAUCCCAAUAAACGACGAUAGACGGGUUGUUGUUGUUUUGUAUCUAUCUAUCUUUUCUAUCUAUCUUGCGGGUGAAUGUAGUUCAAUUAAGUGCAUAGUAGUUCUCUCCCAAAGCACUUUUUUUCUCUUCUCAUUGUAAUUGCUUAAUUUCCUCAAUUAAGUGGUGUAAUUAUUAAAAUUAUUGAUCUUUUAUUGGAAAAGAUAGAAAUAGAGGAAAAAGAUAUGAAAAAAGUGAUCAAUUUUUGAUUUGAUUUGAAAAAGAUACAAAAGUAUCUUUAAGAAAAGUUUUUUUUUUUUUUUUAAAUCAUCUCUGUGCUGUUUUAUGAUAAAGAAAAUUUUACGCCAAAGAAUCUCUGACUAAGGAAGAACAGAGAAAAGCCAACGAACGAGCUAAAUUAUACAAAAAAAAGGAGAUAACAAUAAAUAACAAAAGCAAUAACAACAACAACAACAAAUAAUAAUAAAAAAUAAGAAAUAUUAUUAAAUGCGGCUCGGGCCAGUCGACUGAACAACAAUUUGUUAAUUAAUUUAAUUUAUUUUUUUUUCUUGAAUAAAAAAAAAAGUUCAAAAUUGUUCUUUUUUUUUUCGUGUUCGUAAAAAGCACGUAAACUGACGAAUUCUCAUUCACCGUCACCGUCGUUUGUCGUUGUGGUUAAUAAUAAUAAUCGUCCGUCAUUGUGUCGUUGUGUCCACAUUAAAACCAGAUAACUUGCUUUUUGCUACUUCAUCCAUUUAUGAGGAACAAUAAAAACAGCUUAUCCUCUCUCCCAUUUCCAUCCACAUAUGAGAGCUGGCUGCAGCGGUACAAGUACAAUCCAUAAUAAGAAAAUCUGUCGUAUUCUUUUUUUCCAUCAGCGAUAGGGAAUACGACUGACGACCACAAACUACGACGAUAAGCCACUUUGGGUCUGACUGUGACUCCAAAAUAAAAAAAAGAUACGAAAGACUGAAAUUGACGGAACGGGACGGACCUCAGGAGGCGGGAGACGCAAAGGGAAUUGCCUACACUGUCCGCAUUAUAAUUAUUACUCUCUGGUGCACUUUAUCGUUUCGUUUUAUGUCGACUUGUGUGAUUGUGAGUCAGAUGUUUUUCUAUCGUACACACAGGUUUGUUGGGAGGGAUCGUUUCUGAUCUAUCUAUACAAUACUUUUGACGAACUAGAUUUGUGUAUCUACUACGACUACGAGCAUUUUUACGGGGCAAUGGAUUUUGGAGUAGUAGCAAGUAUUUCCCCCCUUCUUCGAUUGAAAUAUAAAAAGUGAAAGAUAUACAAAUGUGAAACCGGAAACCGUAUAUCUCAUUUUAAUUCACAAAAAAAAAACAGUACACAGAGGAAAAAAUAUAUAUAAAAAAAAAAAAAAAAAUCAUGGCGUCGUCAUCAUCUUGGUCGUCUUACUAUGCAACAACGAACAACUCUACCAUGGUGAUGUAUUGCAUUUGGACCAUUGCAUGGUUAUGCUUUACGUCAAUUGUUCAGUUUGUUUAUUGUGAUUCAGUGGCGGCGGUAACAAGUGCCGUUCCAGCUGUAGAACCUAUUGUUCCAACAUCAGCAGGUUCUCCUUCUUCACUUGCAUGGAAUCAUUCAACCACACUAUUACUCCACCCUUCACGGAUAACAAGAUCAGUGGAAAAGGAGGAGAAUGAGCUUUCAAGAUUUCCACCACCAAGUCUUGAAAGUAGGAAUUUGAUAGUUAACCCAUCAAAUAGACAGGAUAUCUGCCAAUCGGAUUGUAAAUGUUCCAGCUCUCCGGAUACACAGUUUAUAACAAUUAACUGUGAUUUUAGUGCUAAUAAAAAGCUCAAUAAUAUUUUCGGACCAAAUUUUCUCAUCCCUCGAAAAGCUACUUCUUUGAUUAUUAAACUGGCGCCCGACACAAGUUUACGAAUGGAAAGAGGCUUGUUGCGAGAUAGUCAUAUCAAUCGAUUACUGAUCGAGGGUAAUAUGAUUGAUGGAGAACAAGUUGAAAUCGGUUCUGGAGCAUUUGAGGGUAAUCUUGGACCGUUUCCUGACAUUCAAAUUGUCAAUUGUCAUUCAGUGAUAUUACGUUCGACUGCAUUCUCGGCAGGUGAAUUGAAAUUCAAUAUACGAAGAAGCAACGAUGUGAUAAUUUAUGGCAAUGCAUUUGAAAAUACAAAUGUUAAGGGUAUUUUUAGUGAAAUCAAUGAUUUAAGAAUUGAAGAACAAGCAUUUAAUAAAGCCAAAGCUAAACUGACUAUUAUUUCUUCAAAUAUUGAUAAUCUCUAUAGAUUUGAGGCAUCACUAAGAGAAAUUCUUUUCUUCAAUUGUACUAUUGGAACUGUGAAUAGUGGAACUUUUGAUGUUAUUUCGAUUGAUUCGAUUAAGUUUGAAGAAUGUAAGAUAGGUGUCAUCAAGUCAAGAGCUGUUACAGAAAAGCUUUACAGCAAACAUCUAGCUAUUACGGGAGCAGAAAUUGGAACAAUCGAAAGUGAAGCAAUAUCAGGAAGUGGAAUUAGUGAACUUAUUCUUUCAAAAAACAAAGUUGACAACAUCCAACCAAAUGCCAUCCAUGCCACUGCCAUAAGUGCAACAAUUUACAAAAACAACAUAACCUUUGUCGGUAGCAAAUGGUUGCACGUACGUGAAUGGUCAAACAUAACAAUCCAAGACAAUAUGUUUGGUAUUUUUGGAGGAAUGACAUUGGAAAAGGCAAGUUCCAAAAAUGUAACAUGCCAAUUCAAUGGUAAUUCACUGACCAAACCACUGCGAGGAAGUCUCAAUAUGCCACACCCUUUAUGUCAAAUUCAUGAAGUAUCAAUCAAACGAACAUGCAUGUGCAAUACAUCAUGGCUCGAAGAGUUAUCAGCUCGAGAUCUACGUUCCGAGAGUUAUUGCCAAGUAGACGAGAAAUUGCAAUUCUGCUUCAAUACAACAAUGUUCAAUGUCCUCAAGUACAUCAAUGAAGUUUGCGAUGAGCAAAAGACAACGUUGGAUUGUGUUAAAAAUAGAAACUUACACAGGAUAAACGGUCAGUUUUUUACGCAAGAGGAGCUGGAAAUGCAGGAUGCAGAAAUUCCAAAGAUGGUUUUUAUAGCAGCUGGCGCUAUUACACUGAUAUUGUUGGCUAUUAUAGCCAUGUUUACGGCUAGGCAUUGUGCGAAUAAUAGGAGAAAGAGUGGUAUGACGUCGAAGCACGUUCAUGAGUUCUCUGUGAAUGACCGUCUGGUUAUCGAACAAACUGUGGAAAUAAUCAAAACAAAAUAUCCGCAUAUUCAUAAGCAAGUGAGUGAGUCGACAAAGAGUCUUUUGCGUCAGGAUUUGAGUGAGGAAAAAUGCGUUGAUAUUGUUAGUGGAAUUGUAAAUCUCUUGGGUAGUUGUGAGAAUACGGGGAGAGAUUUUGGGGCUUUCAAUGAGAUUUUGUUGAAACAUUUGGAUUCUAUGCCAUCAGCAACAGCGCCACCAAUCAGUGAUCCUAUUUAUGCUGAACCAACAGCUCCAAUUGAAGAUAGUUAUGGUAGGAAUGAAGUUGAACAUCAGACAAAUCUACCACCGGAACAUAUUUAUGCUGAACCAGGAAGUGUUCAGCAGCCAUUGUUGCGAUGUGAAUAUGCAUCGCCAAGAGAUAGGCAUACUGACAUGGGUGAUCUAUAUUCGGAACCAAUAACAGGUCAUUGUCGCCGAAAUGAUAUUUGAAACGCAAAUCCUCCAGCCUAUGCAACAACCAACUUUAGUCUAUCGCCAAUGGCAAACAAAUUGCCAUCAGGCACAUCUGCCACAUUACAACGUCCAUCACAAUUACCGUCCACAUCUCAAAACC